CAGUAAAAACUAUAUUUCACUAUUUCGACAUAGCAUAAUUCCAGAUGAUGAUUAUGUUGAUAUUACUAUUGCGGAACAUUGUGCAAUGUUAAGUUAUGCGCAGCGUAAAUACGCUACAGCAUUUUUAUUUGAGCAUCAGUAAGUUAAGUAAUAAACGAGUUUCGGAAAUUGGGGAUAAUGCUCUCUCAUUUCGGAAAUGAUCUCUCAUUUCCGAAACUGGUUUUUCAUGUAAAAGUUUUCAGCCCGUCGUGAGUGCAUGCAACAUGACGUGACACAGUGCGACAUAUACCUUUCCCUCCAUGGAAACUGACAGCAUACAAUCAAUAGACUAAGGACUCCCAUGAAGAAGAUUCAGCUUGUCUAACACAUUAUUUGCAUAAGACUGACAUUCAAACAGACCAGUGUAUGGUGAUGUCCAAGGAAUAGUCGUCUUGUUGAGGCCCUAUAAUAACCUCAAGGGAGCAGGUGCUAAAACUGUUAAAAAUAGUAAGAAAGGUUUCAGUAUAACCUUUUUUUAUGGUAUUACAUAACGUUUUUUUCGUUCAACAACACAGCAUUAUUGUUCUCUGUCAGUUGUGCAUGAAGUGAAGUAAUACAACCUUCAAAAAGGUCGUAAAUGGUUCCUUGGAGGAAAAGAGUUUGCCUUUACGCAUGCUGCUAGAGACUUGAUGUUUACCAAUGAAAAGAGGAAGGCAAGGAAACAUCUGGACUUCAGUGCUUUUACUUCCCCCCAGCUAGACUGUGAGACUGAAACCUCUGACAAGGAUGGCACAAUAAAGGGUGAAGUCAGCCGCUCUGCAAGCCCAAAUAAAGGACUGUUUUUAAGGGAUUCUGCCGGUGCCAACCAAGCCUCCAGGCCCAUGCCUGAUGCUGUUCACCCCAGGACCAGCCCUGGCUCCCCUAAAACCAUCUUCCCUUACCGGUCCCACCAGGACCCGUCUCACCAGGACUCGUCACCCAAGUCCCCCCACCGACUGAGCUUCAGUGGUAUUUUCCGCUCCUCGUCCAGCUCUGCCCCUGCCAGCAUCAAGUUAUUUUCAAGAAAUAAGAAAGUCUCUGGACUCUCCUCCUCCCCCACCACUCCCACACAGGCCCUCAGCCAGCCCCUGUUCCCCCCCGAGGUCCACCACAGCGCCCCCGAGCGCCUAGACGUCCGCGCCUGCUCCCGCUCGCUCUCCUCCCCCCCAGACACGGCACAUCACCUCAACUUGCCCACAAAGCCCCCCAUUCCCUCUUCUAGCCCUCUGCCCAACACUACCUUACAAGUCUACGGUUUAUUCGAAGGCAUGCUGGAAAAACUUGAACUAGACGAUGAUGCUGCUGUAGAACCAGAGAGUGAUAUUUACAUGCGCUUUAUGAAGUCCCACAAGUGCUACGACAUUGUCCCCACCAGCUCCAAGCUUGUGGUGUUUGACACUGCACUACAAGUAAAGAAAGCAUUCUUUGCCUUGGUGGCCAAUGGGGUGCGCGCCGCUCCACUCUGGGACACUGACAAGCAGUGCUUUGUGGGAAUGUUGACCAUUACAGACUUCAUCAUCAUACUUCACAGAUACUACAAGUCACCUAUGGUGCAAAUCUAUGAAUUAGAGGAACAUAAGCUUGAGACAUGGAGAGAGGUAUAUUUACAGGAGACCUUUAAGCCUCUAGUCAACAUAUCCCCCGAUGCAAGCAUAUUCGAUGCUGUCUACUCCCUGAUCAAAAACAAGAUCCACCGCCUCCCUGUCAUCGACCCUGUGACAGGGAAUGCUCUUUACAUCCUCACUCACAAGAGGAUCCUCAAGUUCCUCCAGCUCUUUGUGUGUGAAAUGCCCAAGCCAGCCUUCAUGAAACAGACCCUUAGAGAGCUGGGCAUCGGCACCUACAACCACAUAGCCUUCAUUCACCCCGACACGCCAAUCAUCAAGGCCCUGAACAUCUUUGUAGAGCGGAGGGUAUCUGCCCUUCCUGUGGUGGAUGUGUCUGGAAAGGUGGUGGAUAUAUACUCUAAAUUUGAUGUCAUAAACCUGGCUGCAGAGAAGACGUACAAUAACCUGGAUAUCACAGUGACCCAGGCUCUCAAACAUCGCUCGCAGUACUUUGAGGGAGUCAUGAAGUGUCACAGGCAGGAAACACUGGAGACAAUUGUGGACAGAAUAGUCAAAGCAGAGGUCCACCGGUUGGUGGUGGUGGACGAGCACUCCAGCAUCGAGGGCAUCAUCUCUCUGUCAGACAUCUUGCAGGCCCUGGUGCUCAGCCCAGCAGACGUCUGCAGAGAGGAGUGCCUGCUGGAGUGAGGGAGCUCUCCCAUAGAAGAGCUGGGGGGUCCACUGAGGUUUAAAGGCCUACUCCUACCACCCCAUGGCUGUUGUAGGGAAGCGGGAGAGGGUGGGGGGGGGGCUGGGGGUGCAGAGAGCCCACACUGAUGCACCACACCUGGGUAACCAAACGGCUGGACGGAUGUCUUCCAAGAGGCUCAGCCCUCACACCAGAGGGUCCACCGCUUACUUUUGGAAAGGAAUUAAUAUUUUUGGACACAUUGACACACACACAAACGCUCACAAACACACAUGACCAGCAUGAGUUGGACCUCUGGUUUCAAGCUGGUCUGGUUUUGAAGUAUGUGGAAGAAGAGAACUAUCUGUUAGGUUUGGGUUUCCUGUGUCAAGCUACUCUGUCAUGUUUCAGCAUUUCCUAAUCUAUAGUGUCUACUUCUAAAGGCUUGUGUCCUAGACGGAAUUAUGUCAUCAUCCUCCCGAAGAUUUUUCACAAAGGGGCUUUAACAAUUCAAAUUAUUGAGGCAAUAUAUCGAGCACCUCAACAAUUUCCUACCCAAAGUGAAUAGCCCUGUAGAAUUGGAGAAUGAUGAGUUUUAACAGUGUUGUCCUGGUGAACGCAGCAUUUGGCCAGACCCAUUUUUGGGGCAGAUAAUCAAUCAUCGUUUUGUGCCUUUGUCAUGCCUUGCCCUGACCACCGCAGAACAACCAUGGUCAUGCCAAAUGAAUACUGUUGGUUUUUAUUGAAACUAUCGAGAAACAUGAAUGUUUUUUUGAUAACUUUAUUGGGAUUGGUGGGUGAGGGGAGUAUUUUUUGUAAUGUGCUUUGGAGGGACAGAGAGAAAAAAAUUAUUUGGGGAUUAUGCUUUUUUUUUUUCUUUUUUUUUUUUCUAACUCAUUGUUGGCAAUCCCAGUGUUGAGAGAUUCUUUUUCCUGCUGUAUGCAUCUGCAACACAGUUACCAAAACCAUGUUGAACCAAAUGGCGGCUCACAGCGGCCUCUACUGUGCCCUGAGCGUGCAGCUCAGACAGAACUCAUCUCCUGUUUCACUGUAAAUAAGAUGGUUUUUCAGGAAAAGUGCCAGAGAAAGCUUUAUUUUUAUGAAUGUUACAAAAAAAUGUUUAAAAAGACUGAUGUUUUAAUAUUAUUUUUGAAAUAUCAUGUUCAAUUCAAUGUUUGUAUUCAGAUCAAGAUGUACUGUACAUGUGUAAGCAUGAGGAAAUACACUAACGGUUAUGAAUGUUGUUUGUUUUACCAUUUUGCAUUUUUCUGGUAACAGAAAAAUAAAUGACACUGAAUGUACUUCACUCCA